AUGAGUAAAAAGGAAAAGAAAUCUCGUCAAUUAGUACAUAACAGUGAAACAACAGCGUCAGUACAAGAAACUGAUAUUGAAAUCAAAUCAACAUCUUCAUCGAUUAUUAAAGGUGUAUGUGAUGAUAAUUUACUUAAUGGAACAUGUAAAAAUUUGAAUUGUAAUCAAUUACAUCUUACAGAAUCUAUUCAACUUACUGAUGGUCAUUUUCAUGAUCGAUUACUUAAAGAAAAUUGGUCAUGUGCUAUUGAACCAUUAAAAAAUAUCGAGCAAUUUAUUGGUAUUACCAAUAUUCAUAAAUCUUCUAUGUGGAAUAAUACUCUUUCCAUCGUACCGGAAUGUCUUAAUUCAAAAAUUCGACUUUAUGAAUCAUAUGGUAUUCAUCCACGUUAUUUAGAUGAUGAUCCAUAUAAUGAUUUACUUAAUCUUCGUAAUCUUAUACAAACACGUUCAAUGAUAGCUGUUGGUGAAUGUGGUCUUGAUUUACUUAAUAAUGAACAAUUAUUAUUACAAACUGAAAUAUUUGUAUCACAAAUUAAAUUAGCUAAUGAAUUUCAUUUACCACUUAUUAUUCAUUGUCGUCAAUUAGAUCAACAAUUAUUUGAUAUUCUUAAAAAAUAUGCAUUAGAUUCAUCAAUGAAAAUUCAAUGGCAUUGUUGUCAUUCUAAAGGUGAAUUAAUUUAUCGUGAAUUUUUAAAUUAUUUUCCAUCAAGUUUAUUAAGUAUUGGUGGUAUGUGUUGUCAUACAAAUGAAAAAAAUAUACAAAAAUUAAUAAGAGAACUAUAUGAAUUAGAAAAUAAUACAAAUCAACGAAGAUUUGUAUUUGAAACUGAUUCACCUUAUUUAAAAUCAUCAUCAUUAUUAAUUAAUACAGAAGAUAAUUGUCCAAUAUUAGGAACAUUAACAGUGAGUGCUUAUAUAACAAAAAAUAUUUUGAAAAAUAAUCAAUGGACAAAUAACUUAAAAAUUAAUACAACUAUUCUUCAGAAGUUUUUUAAUUUAACAUAA